UAGCAGAAGAAACACCAUGCCUGACCCAGUGAAAGCGCCUAAGAAGGGCUCCAAGAAAGCCGUCACGAAGACUACCGGCAAGACCAAUAGGAAGAGGAGAAAGGGCAGGAAGGAGAGCUACGCUAUUUACGUGUACAAGGUGCUGAAGCAGGUGCACCCCGACACCGGUAUUUCCUCCAAGGCGAUGGGCAUCAUGAACUCCUUUGUGGGCGAUAUCUUCGAGCGUAUCGCCGGUGAGGCCUCCCGUCUGGCUCACUACAACAAGCGCUCCACCAUCACUUCCAGAGAGAUCCAGACCGCCGUCCGCCUGCUGCUGCCCGGGGAGCUUGCUAAGCACGCCGUUUCUGAGGGUACCAAGGCCGUCACCAAGUACACUAGCUCCAAGUAAAUCUGCUGACACAUCAACAACACUAAGGCUCUUUUAAGAGCCGCCCAUAUUUUAACUAAAGACAUUUCCUGUUUAACAAAACUGAAAAAUAUGACAUGGUUACAAAAUAC